UCCCGAGUUGUUGAAGUUAGCCAUUCUGACAGUCGUGGCCUUCCUGGUGGCCCUCCAGCAGAACAAGCCGCUGAUCGGGGACCGCGGCCUGCUGCCCUGCCGGUUGUACCUGGAGAGCGUGCGGCGGUACUUCCAGGGCCGCGGGGCCUGGGACGCCGUCAGCUACGCGCCCACCGUGCUCUGGCUGCUGGACUGGUCGCACAUGGAUGCCAACCUGGACGCCCUCGCUCUCCUCGGACUGGCCGUCUCGUCCUUCGUGCUGCUCACCGGCUGUGCCAACAUGGUGCUCAUGGCCGCCCUCUGGGUCCUCUACAUGUCCCUGGUCAGCGUGGGCCAGGUCUGGUAUUCAUUUGGCUCCGCUCAGGAGUGCAGCUUAGCCACACAGCGCCGACAGAACCAAGAGUUUCUGGACAUCCACUCGAGGGACAACGCAGACCUGGCGACUGGGUUGUCAUGCGAGGCAGCGGUCCAGCGGUCGGCAGGCGGGGAGGGGUGCGUCUGUCGGCCCCCGAGGACACACGGCAGCACCCACGAUUGGCCAGCUGCUCCAGUCCGGCUGGAGGACCACAGUGACGGGUCUCGUGAACUCAGAUCGCCGACACAGCCGCGGCGGGCGGCGGUGCCUCCGACGCUGAUCUGGACACCGGAGCGGAGCGAGCUGUCCGCAGUCCGCUGGGACCCGACCAGCGGCAAAGCGCAAGGAUGGGAGUCCCAGCUUCUGGAGACGGGAUUCCUGGGAGUCUUCCUGUGCCCUCUGUGGACUCUGUCUCGCCUGCCCUCGGGGACCCCCCCGUCCCAGAUCGUCCUGUGGGGCUUUCGGUGGCUCAUUUUCAGAAUCAUGCUCGGAGCGGGCCUCAUCAAGAUCCGGGGAGACCAGUGCUGGCGGGACCUCACUUGCAUGGACUUCCACUACGAGACGCAGCCGGUGCCCAACCCCGCGGCCUACUUCCUGCACCAGUCCCCGUGGUGGGCCCACCGCUUCGAGACACUCAGCAACCACUUCCUGGAGCUCGUGGUGCCCUUCUUCGUCUUCCUCGGACGGCGGCUGUGCAUCCUCCACGGGGCCUUGCAGAUCCUGUUUCAGGUGGUCCUCGUCAUCAGCGGGAACCUGAGCUUCCUGAACUGGCUGACCAUGGUGCCCAGCAUCGCCUGCUUCGACGACGCCGCUCUGGGGUUCCUGUUUCCCUCCGGGCCCGGAGGCCUCAAGGACCAAGUCCUGAAGAUGCAGGAGGAGGCCCCCCGAGGGGCCCGGCCCAGCCUGAGAUUUGGCUGCGUGGCGCGGCGGGCGGUGCACGUGGCACUAGGCGUCCUGGUGGCCUGGCUCAGUGUCCCCGUGGUCCUCAACCUGCUGAGCCCCACGCAGGUCAUGAACACCUCCUUCAACUCUCUGAGGAUCGUCAACACAUACGGCGCCUUCGGAAGCAUCACCAAGGAGCGCACAGAGGUCAUCCUGCAGGGCACGGCCAGCCCCAACGCCAGCGCGCCGGACGCAGUCUGGGAGGACUAUGAGUUCAAGUGCAAGCCAGGGGACCCGGGGCGGCGGCCGUGCCUCAUCUCCCCGUACCACCACCGCCUAGACUGGCUCAUGUGGUUCGCGGCCUUCCAGACCUAUGAGCACAACGAGUGGAUCAUCCACCUGGCGGGCAAGCUCCUGGCCAACGACAGGGGGGCUCUGGCCCUACUGGCCUUCAACCCCUUCGAGGACAGGGCCCCCCCCAGGUGGGUGCGGGGAGAGCACUACCGGUACAAGUUCAGCCGCCUGGGGGGCCAGCACGCCGCGGCAGGCAGGUGGUGGGUCCGCAAGAGGAUCGGCCCCUACUUCCCCCCGGUCAGCCUCCGCGACCUGGAGGGCUACUUCCGGUCCCGGGGCUGGCCGCUGCCUGAGCUGGAGUAGAGGCGGCCCCGGGCCUGUGCGCAGAGGAAUAAAGCAGGAAAGCCCAGCUACCUA